AACGUACAUUUUAUGGUACCCACUCGUUAACCAGUUUACUUUUUUUAACUGUAGCAUUUUUACAGUCUUUUACCAUUACAAUUACUGUACUUUUGUACAUUUUAGCCUUAAAAUAGAUAAACAUUUUAUUGACUGUAGUAUACACAGUAUUUUUGGAAUUAUUGAAGAUUUGAAUAAGACAGUGCUAUUUAGAGAAAUGAAAAUAUUUAAAAUUAUGUAAAUUAAAUGUUUCUUCUUUUUGAUAGAAUUUUUUUGUUUUGUUUUGUUUUUGUUGCUGUGACAAUGAACCGGAAAUUGCUUUUUCAAAUGUGCCUCAGAACGAUGUUUUGAUUUCUUGUGAGAACAGAAAGCUGUCAUACAGGUUUCCUUGUAAUUUCGUUUUGUGUGGGAAUUCUACCAAAUUCCCAGAGCGGGAAGUGCAUCAUAUUGUUGCGAAUCAUUCUGUUAAAGUACACUCAAAUGCUGAGGGUGUUAAUAGAAAUGCUAAACACAAAAACCUCACCAAACAUUUAGGUCUGUAGUGAGAGACAGUUAACAAAGUUAAUAGAGUAAGAGAGUUGUGUUGCUGUGUUCCCUGCGUAUUGAUACAGCUGUUUGAGUCAACAGAGAGGGCAGUGUUUUGGGGUCAGCGAAUGGUGGUGGAGAAUUUUGAGUCAUAUCUGUCACAGGAUAUGUUACAGUUUAUUAAGCAAGGUACCAGUUGAGAGGGUUAUGCGUUGGAAACACAGGAUUGAUCAACUUGUUCAACUGACACGUUGGUGCGGCUUGGGUUGUGUGUGCGAGAAUGAAGAUCCAUACAUUGAUUUGGCAGAUUUAGAGGCAAGAGAACAGUCGUACGCCCUGGGAGUCAAGCCGAUGGCCCUGGACGAGCUGUUUGACGCGAGCACAUGGAGAAUUAAAAACAUUUGGGAUGGGGUGAAGAUGGAAAUCGCGCCCGGAGAUGGAUGUCCGGUGGUCUUAAAUAGUUUUACACAUUUGGACCCCGAUCUGCCUAUGCUGGAGAGCUCAGUUCAGGAGAUUGGAGAGGAGGUAGAGGAGGGAGCCAUCUACACCAUCACACUCCGGAAGGUGCAGCUCCACCAGACGGCGAGUAAGGGUCAGCGAUGGCUGGGCGUGGAGACCGAUUCUGCCCUCAGUUUGUUUGAGACAUGCAAGGGUCGGACCAUUAAGGCUGGCACACUGGAGAAACUUGUGGAAUACAUGGUGUCAGCGUUCAAAGGCAAGGACUAUACGUAUGUGACUAUUUUCCUCUGCACCUACCGAGCUUUUGCCACCACCAAACAAGUUCUGGACCUGCUUCUCAACAGGUAUGCCAAACUGCAUGAUCAGCCAGCCUCUGAAGGACCAAAGCUCUCCUCAGAGGACUAUUCAGAGCUGAAAAACACUGUCUCAUCUAUUCUGGGUGCAUGGUUGGAUCAGUAUUCUGAGGAUUUCUGGAGUCCUCCAGCCCACGAAUGCCUUCAGAGCCUCAUAUCCUACCUGCAGAUAAACUUCUCUGGAUCAGACCUGGAGAGACGAGCGCAUAAACUGCUGGAGCAUUUCCAGCACAGGCAGCAUUCAGAGGUUGAGCUUGAAGGCGAUCUGUAUACUUGCCCUUUUGCUACACCAGAGGAGAGCAGCUUGGAUGAUGAAUUCUCCACCUUACACUUUAUGUCCUUCAGUCCUGCUCUGGUCGCUGAGCAGUUAACAAUCAUGGAUGCGGAGCUGUUUAAGAGAGUUGUUCCCUACCAUUGUUUGGGUGGUAUAUGGUCCCAGCGGGAUAAAAAGGGCAAAGAGCACCUGGCGCCCACCAUCCGAGCCACCGUUGCCCAGUUCAACAGUGUGACCAACUGUGUGAUUGCCACCUGCUUGGACAGCAGGUCUCUCAGACCCUUUCAAAGAGCGAAGCGCAUUGAACACUGGAUAGAAGUGGCCAGGAAAUGUCGUAUCCUGAAGAGCUUCUCCUCCCUUAAAGCCAUCCUGUCCGCCCUGCAGAGCAAUGCCCUCCAUAGACUGAGAAGGACCUGGGAUGAGGUGUCCAGGGAAAGCUAUCGCACUUUCCAAGAGCUGUCUGAAAUCUUCUCAGAUGACAAUAAUUACUCCCUCAGCAGAGAGCUUCUCAUUAAGGAGGGCACCUCUAAAUGUGCAAUUGUUGAAAUUAACCAUAAAGGAGCUCAGAGAAGACACCAGCAGCAGAGAGACAUGGGUGUCGUCCAGGGAACUAUUCCAUACCUUGGCACAUUCCUCACUGACCUAGUUAUGUUGGAUACUGCUAUGAAAGAUCAUCUUGAGGCUGGGCUUAUCAACUUUGAGAAGAGAAGGAAGGAGUUUGAAGUGAUUGCUCAGAUCAAGUUACUGCAGCUGACCUGCAAUUACUACAACUUCACCAGAAGCCAGCGCUUCACUGAUUGGUUCAAGAGAGUGGAGAAACUUACUGACACCGAGAGCUACUCUCUGUCCUGUGAGAUCGAGCCUCCAACUGAGUCAGUGUGCAAGAAGAGCAGCGGCAUCAUCAAACGCAUGAGCGAGGAGUCGGGUUACAACAGCAUAGGGACUUCUCACUCAAAAUUCUUUGAGCAGGCACGGUUAAGCCAGUUCAAAGACAGCUUCAAAGAUGGAGCGGAUUCUCUCAGCCUUACCUCAGCUGGAUCCAGCUGCUCAGAUGCAGAGGAGAUGAGCCUCAGUCUACUGAACUCCCCAGAAUCAGGGAAUCAGAGAACAUCCACACCAACUUUGAAGCAUUUUGUAUCAACCUCAGAUGCAGGGGAGCUUACGUCUGAUUCCUCCUCCAAGCUCUGGGAGUCAUCCAGCCCUUCAUCUUUGGAGGCCUCUGGAACAGUAUUGGGACUUGAAUCUGGCUCCAGCAGUUCCGCCUCCUCUUCUUCCUCCUCGUCUUUAGUCUCUGCUUCCACUGGGCAGGCCUUCCACUUUCACAAGCGUUCUGUCUCUGGUGUCUCUGACUACUCCUCACUUUCCCUGCCCCUGUACAACCAGCAGGUGAACGACUGCUGCAUCAUCAGAGUCAGCCUUGAUGUGGACAACGGCAACAUGUACAAAAGCAUCCUGGUGACUAGCCAGGACAAAACACCUGGUGUCAUUAGGAAAGCCAUGGCCAAGCACAACCUGGACAAUGAGAAGUCAGAAGACUAUGAACUAUUCCAGAGAGUCUCAAAGCAUAAAGAACUCAGAAUCCCAGAUAAUGGAAACGUUUUCUACGCUAUGAACUCAUCUGCCAAAUACGACUUCUUGCUGAGGAAGCGUGGUGCUACCAAAACCUGCCGCUCCAAGAGCUCUCCUAGCCUAACUCUACCACGCAUGAAGCAGAAAGGGUUCAAAAUACCCAAAGGCUUCUUUUGAACGGUCUCUAUCAAGUUUAACUUGCCUGGAGCGGUUUGCAUUUGGGAGAUUAUCAAGAGUCACUUCAUUAGUCCCUCUGCAGUAUUAUCUGUGUCUUUUAGCCAAUGGAUUAUUGAUUGUUGCAUUGAAAUAGCUGCUUGUUUCCUACAGGAAGCUAUGCCUGUGUUUUCUGUCCCUAUGGACUAUGCGACAGACACAAGACCACUGUGGUUCUUACAAGGUUUGCCUUAAGACUGCACAUAAGAGCCACACUGUGUGUGAUAAAUAUUUUCCAUACCAAAUGCAGUUAUUCAUGCAUGAGCACACUAAAUGAAAACAUAUGAAGCACUUUAGAAUGGUCCUUUACUUAAAGCAAGAGAUUUGUGGAAAGCAGUUUGGACAAUUGAUGCAUCAUUUCCUCAUCAGUUUUGUUCUUUUUUAUUCCAAACAAGGACUUUCAUUUGAUUCAUCUUGAAACAGGCUCUCUGUUUGGACUCAAAAUGUUAUCACUGUCUCUCAGAUUCUAGGGCAGCUUUUGCUAUAGCGACAAUAUUACAUGUACAGUGCGAAUUGUGUAAAGUGUAUAGUCUUUUGUUUGUUUUUUGCUCUUUUAUAUGGCUGUUUUGACUGUUGUCAGUGCUGAUGCCAAUUUAGCUUGUCAACGCUGCCUGUUUUCCUGGAGACGACACUGAUUACUGCCUGAAACUAACCUCUCAGGCUACAAUCAGUUCACUCAAGACUGCAGGAAUCUCUUUUGACUGCUAAGCGACUUCUGGUUUCCUUCAUUGAGUCACAAAUUCAUAUUUGAGCAUGAGAUGACAGGUCUGAAGCCUAGGAUUUAGAAGAUUACGUAUGGUUAUUACAUAACCAUAAAUAACAACACUACUAACACUUAUUAAUUAAUCCAAAUGCAGUGAUGGAGGCAGUCUUGACACCCAAGUCUAUGCCAAAGCCUUUAUUGUUUCUUUUUGCAGUUGGUUUCUCUGUGUUUCGUGAUGUGCUUGGCCUCCGUUAUAGAAUGCCGUAACUCUACAGGCUUUCCUUUUUUUGUACCAAACACUGUGACUGUGGCUUCACCCUGCUAAGCCUUUUGUUUUGUGAACUAAACCCACAAGUGCUUUCUGACCAAAUGGUCUUAGUAUGAUGUGCUGAAAUAUUGAGGGGAUGUUGUUCCCACCAGUAGAGAUUUUCAGCCGUGUUUACUCAGAUGUGUAUGUUGGUUUGUGUGUGGGUGUGUGUGUGUGUGUGUGUGUGUGCGUGUUUGUGCUUUAAUUUGAAAUAUGAUAGGAUUUAUAUCUUAAAAGUUGUAAGAAAUGCACCACAUAUGUGUUGGUGCUUUUCUGCUACUAUGCCAACUAUAUAAACUGAACUGGAACAAAAUAUACAUUUUGCUUAGUUUACGAUGAAAAAAAAAAAUCAAGUGCAUGGAGAAAAUAUGCCACUAGGGAUUCACUGUUAAAUGACUCCUAAUGAAUAUCACUUCUCAGACAUGCUUUCUGGAAACUACAAAGAUGAAGUGAAAUGUUACUGCCUGCAGCCUGUCAUUCGUUGCGUGCCAUAUACAGACUUCAAUUCAUAUUUUGUUUUGUCUCCUUUUUUAACCUUUUUUUAUGCCUGAAUCUAACUCUGAAUGUUAAUGUCUAUGUUUGAAUGUUAAGGUCCAAUUUGUGGCAUUGCCCCAUGUUUAUUUAUUUAUAUGUUUAUAAUUGUUUUAUUUAUAAUUGUUUUACUGUUGUAAAAAUAAAUUAAAAUGCACCUUUGUAUGUACAAAAAAGCACUACAUUUUUUUAAACUUACAAAUAAAUGUGGGGAUGCACAGUACUUG